ACGUGUGACUCGAGGGUUGGAGGAGGUGAUGACACAUCUUAGGACACGUACUGUAUAUUACUACCCAAUACACGCCACUGUCAACAACUGAUGUGUUAAUCUUCCCAGGUGUGAGUGACUGUGAAGACACAAGAAUGAAGUGGGUGUUGGGUGUAGUGGUGACGGCGGUGGUGAUGGUGUUGAUGAUCACAGACACUCGCAGUCAGGACAACCAGUUGGUGGUGGUGGAGACUGACGAUGACGAUGAUGGUGUCACUGUGGAGGAAUAUUCCGAGCCAAAGAAACUCGUUGACAUCAGUAAAGUUUUCAUCCCUACCAAGGAAUGGCAAGUUAUAGAGCCAGAUCAUGUGGUGCUUCCGGGUCUCCAUAUACGAAUGAACUUAGCGACGGGACUAAAAGAAGCAAAGCUCUUAGACGGGGAUGAUGGAACCGACUACGAGAAGUCAUUGGAGCGCUUACGUAAGACCGGCCACACUGGCGUUACUGGGGCCGGAGUCUCCUCUAACACCCCCACCCCAGAGGCUCCUCCCACUGAUGAUCAAGAUGAAGAAUACCCGAGAGCUGCACUCAUGAGGGACAAUAUACUUGAAGCUCUUAAGAAUAUUAAGAGUGAAGAUGGUUUGACCCCAGAGGAACUUAGUGAAGAAGCGGCAAACACCAAGGGAAAAUUUCGCUCCUACGGAGAACUGAAGAGAGACUUUAAGGAGUUGAAUAUUGCAGUGGAAACAGACUCAGAAAUAAUGACCAAAUUAAUGAAGCAAUACCGGGACUCUGACGAUGAUCGUGUCACCAUUCUGGAGGACCUAGAGUACCUUGUUCACCAGUUUGACAAUGCCAUCACCUUUGUUGAUAUGGGUGGACUCCAGCAGAUUGUAGUGACUGGAGUAAAUGCCAGCAGUAGUGCUAUAAAGAAAGGUGCCCUUCAUCUUCUGGGGUCAGCUGUACAGAGCAAUCCUAAGGUUCAGAUAGCUGCUGUGGAGGCUGGCUUAGUGCAGGCACUCAUCAGAGCGGUGGCAUAUGAUACGCAGGAAGGUGUGGCGCGGAAGGCCGUGUAUGCAUUAUCGUGCUUGGUGAGAGGAUUUCCAUUUGGACAACAAGUGUUGGUGCAACACGGGGGACUGGAGGUUCUACGUAAGGUGUUUGACCGCAAGGACUACCUCAGUUUGCCUCUUCAGCUGAAGGUGGUGUCUCUCCUUCAUGACCUCCUUGUGGAACGAGAGGAAGCGCAAGGUGAACGGUUGAAGCAGCUCCUCCGCCUCAACAUUAACGAACAACUGUCGACGGGAGGAUGGUGUCCAGCUGUGUCAUCUCUGUUAGCAGCGGCGUCAUUUGACCGGCGGGAUCGACGGUACGAUAUGGGCGCAGCGCUGAGGAAUGAGAUGCCACUCAGACCCGACCAUGACACGGUGGAUAAGGUUGUAUCAGCCAUGGGCAGAAUGGUAAAUGUGUGUCGUUACCAGUUCUACGAUGCCCUUCCUCUUCUCAGACAUCUGGCUCACACCUACAACGACUUGGCUUACAAAGAACAGUUCCAGGAUGACAACGACGAGGGUCAUGUGUUCAAGAGUAUAGCAGACAUGAUUCAAAGACUUCUAAAGAAUAUUGGACAAAGAAAUGAACUAUGAGCUUUAGAACUGUGUAUUAAACAAUGGUGAUAGUACAAAGUUUGCCCAAGAGCCCUUGUGUAUUUUGUUUUGUGAUUUAAAUUUUAGUAUGACUUGCAUGCCUUUUUUACAGUAUAAUUAAAAGAUAAUUCAUUGAUUUUGUGCUGAGCUAUAUCAGGUCACUCUUAAGCGUUUUACAGAGCAACAUCAGGUCACUCGGUCAUGUCUACAGAGCAACAUUUGGUCACUCUUUGACCUUGUAACAAACAACAGAGACUCCCUCACAUCCUGACCCAACAUUGCCUUUGUGUAUCCUUGUAUUCCACAUGCUGAUAAUCUAACACAGUAAAAAUUACAGUAAAUGGGCCUUUAAGUAAUUUUUUACUAUACUUUGAUUAGCAGAUAUCACAGUAAUUUUAGUGAAUUCGUGAAUGACUAGGUUUGGCUAACCCAUGCAAGUGUGGAAACUGGCCAUAAAAUGAUAAUAAUGAUGACUUGACAUCUUAAGGCCUGAGUUAUAGGUUUGAAAAGUGUGCACUAAUUGUGUUGCAAGCAUCACCAUGAACUAACCACCACCCUUCAGUAAGUAGUUGUGAUAAUCUGGAGUACAUUUUUCCCCACACCAGUUACAAGUAAGUUAUUCAUACACAUAACAAGGACAUUGUACUUGGGAUGAAAGGCUUUUUUCCACACAUUCUUUGUAUCCUUGACCAUCAGAAGGAAGAACUGUUCCUCCUCAGUCAUAAAUGGUGGUAUUGUUUCAAGAGCCGUGGUAAUUAAUGAUGACCAGUGUGCUGUACUCGGGCGUAUAAAGAAAGCUUCCUGUACGUGAGUAGGAUUGAUUAAACACUGUACUGAUCUCUUGUAAUAACCUCCCACUGGACGCUGUUGUACUGUUGUUAUCUUUCACAAUGAAAUGUGUUAUAUACUGAAUGGUAACAAGUAUCAAUUCCUUCUUUUACCUUUCUAGAGUAUUGACUACACAGGGUUAUCACUCGGAAGCUCUUCCUGAAGUCUUCCUUCUCUCACACACCCGCCCCUUUAAUAUCUUAUUCACAUUUUGACUUCAAUAACUCCUAAAAGAAACUACUGUUGUUAAGUUUUUAGCUAUUGAUAGUCAGAUAGAUAAAUAUUCAGUAAAAUUUUCCAACUAAGUUUACAUUGACUCGGCAGUUGUCUUAGAGGCGUUUUGCAAAACACAGUACGUAUACUGUAAGGUUGGAAACAGAAUACAUAACCUUCCCUAUGGUUUUUAAUGAAUAAAAUAUGGUGUCCAAUUGUUUACAGUUUGCCUAACGGGCACAGUAUGGUAUGAUCACAGUUUUCCGUCCUGGUGGGUGAGGAGGCAGAUGUCUUUUUUUGUUAGUACAGUACCGUACUGUAAGUUUUAUUGAAUAAAUGACGAUAAAAUACUUGAUACUUGUAAACCUCUCGGGUAUAGCAGUUGACAUCCUAACCCUUUUGGGGUGAUCUCAUUGUUAAUUAUGUCCAGGUGUCAUGUGGAAUUAUACCAGUAAGCUGUUGAUGAAAGUCUUAUUAUACAGUACCUGUACAGGUAAAUCCAAAUUUAUGAGGAUUUUAUUUAUAAAAAUUAAAAGUUAUGGGAUAAUAUUUGUCCAUCACUUUAAUGUAUAAACAAAAACCUAUAGAUAAGAAAAAAUUCGUUGUUUUUGUAUUAUUUUUCUUAAGUACAGUAUACAUAUUAAUGAAAAUACGAUAAAAUAGUGCCUUGUUUUUUGUUACUUUUUCACUGUCCGUAUUCUUACUUAUUUUACUAACUCGCAUUUUUAUAAUUCUCUAACACUUGCAAUGUUAUUAAUUUUACAAAUAAGCUUUUGAUGUGUCCCCAUUCACCUACGUAAUUUUUAUUGACAAGCUCUACCAGGAACGUUGCCCUCUCAUAAAUAGUGGUCCGCCUGUACUGUAGCUUGUUCAAGGUGUUGGAUGAAUAAUUUGUAUUACAUGAACCAGUUGUAAUAUUUACCUCUUAAAUUAUUUCAUAUUUUUCUGAGUAAUAUACUUUUGAACAUAAGUACUCUAUUGUCGUCUAAUUCUUAUUAAUAUUAUAUACAAAUAAAAUAGGGGGUUGUUGAGACAAUAUUUGAUGUGGAUAAUACUUACUGAGCUAGGAAGAGCUUAUGGUACAGUACAGUAAAUUGCAGAAGAAAAAACUUUGUAGAAGUGUUGAGAUUCUGGUGAUUUGUUCAGACUUUUCCUAAACCAUGUACCAUAGUUAGGAUCACCUGAAGAUUUGCACCUGAUGACUAAGACACCCUUACUUAUUUUUCCUGAUACUGCCUUAACCUUUUGGCUGCGGGAAGUUACCCUAAGCUGAAUGGAAUCAUCUGGCAGUAGCCAGAAUAAAAUGGUAAGUGCAGGAAUUGCAGCAAAAGGGUUAAUCUAACCUAACCUAACUUAAUCUCAUCUCCCACCAGGUAGCAUUGGGUUGGUUAAUAAUCAGAUGAAAUAAGCUGGGGCUAAUCUUCAGGUGAAAUAAGCUGUAGCGAGUUAAUCUUCAGGUGAAAUAAACUAGUGUAAAUUAAUCUUCAGGUCUUCCUCUGAUUGCUCUCUGUGACCACCACCUUGAGAAUGAUUACUAGUUUGAAAACAUACAGGAGUAUAUAUCAUUAGUAUGAACUAUCAUAUACUAUACUGUAAGUUAAACUCACAAGACCUCUAUAGCCAUGUUGAAAGUGGCCAAGAGAUAGAAGACUCUUUCUACUUGGUCAUUCAUUGUCUCUUGUGUAAAUGUGUACUAUUCAGGUACAGUACUUAUUUCUCUUCCUUGUAUCAGUGUAGCUUCAUGCACCGGUAAGGUUAUGACUAGUGAUAUCUCCGUUAGCCGGGACAAUUGGUGCAGAGCACUUCUGGGUAAUGAGACUACGGUACUCUCCCAAAGCUGGAAAAUGAUCCCUCAUCCCUGGAAUUUUCCGUGAACCGGGAACUUUUUCGCGGAAGUUCCAGAAAUUGCGCACUACAUCUUCUCUCAAACCCGGAAAUAAAUGCCCUAUUCCCCGACUUUUUCCGGGUACCAGAAUUUUUUCAGAAUUUUCCAGAAUGAUCCAUUAUUUCAUCUCUCAAAGCUGGAGAAAAUCCCCCAUCUCCGGAAUGUUACGUGUACAGAUUCCGGAAAUUUUUUUCUCAAUUUCUGAAAAAUGCGCCCGAUUUUCAUCUCUCGACCCCGGAAAAAAAAUCCCCCAUCUCCGGAAUGUUACGUGUACAGAUUCCGGAAAUUUUUUUCUCAAUUUCUGAAAAAUGCGCCCGAUUUUCAUCUCUCGACCCCGGAAAAAAAAUCCCCCAUCCCCGGAAUUUUCUGAAUACCCUGUACAGGUACCAGGAAAAUUCUGGAUAUCGGAGAGUUCCGGUUAAAAGGGUUUCCAGCUAAAGGAAAUAAUAUUUAUAUCUCUCUUGAGUUUUGUAAAAGACUUGAAUGAAGAGACUUUCUGUACUCGUAUACUGUACAUUGUAUAUGGAAUUGAUGUAAUUUUAGGCGGGUUUUGUGUUUAGCAAGGAUAUUACUGUGUAAUGUAUCAUUCAAAGUUACUCAGGAAAUUGAUUUAGAAUGAGAGACUUGUUUAAAGGACGUUGACUAAUGAGAGUAGGCGAUGAGACAGGUGACAUAGUUCUGUCUCAUAAUUUUUGAGGUUUGAUUGACUACUGUAGUGUAUUUCCUAACCUUGUUAUGCUCUUAAAGGCCCAAGUUGUUGAAGCAGAGUACAGUACAAUAAUAUUAUAACCUCAAUAAAAAAUAUAGAUGGAGUAUGUUAAUGGUCUGAGUAUACUGUACUGUAGAUACAUCACAUUGAUCUGUGAAAAGUUGCAUGCUUGUCUUAUUUCUGGUGCAGUCGCUCUGUGGUUCUGUGUGUAGCCAGUGGGUUCACACAUUAUUUAUAUUUACAAUAAAACAUGACUUUUUUUAAUCAAUAGACCUACCUGUUUUUUUUUAUUAUUUCUUUGUGAUAAUGCCAAACUGGGGUUAAAUUUUUUAUUUCUUGGGAUGGGAAGUACCACUUGGAUAUUGUUUAGUAAUCUCUGGGUGAUAUGCACAUGCUGGGAUACAAUUUGGAUAAAGAGAAGGGAAAAUAGGCGAGUUGAUUAAUGUGUGACUCAGAUCUCCCGAGCAAGCAUCGGCACUGUCCCCAUGGCUCUUCUUAUGACACAGACGGUGGACAGAAAAAACAGUAUUCUUGGAUCCUCUGGUACAGUAUAGUAUUCAAUAUUAUUGUCAUGGUGUUUGGUCUCUUGGUCAGGUAUUGUACAGUAUUGUAUUGCCUGAAAUGAGGGAAUUAUACAGUGUCCAUAAAUUAUUUGACCCAUUUUAAAAAUUAAUAAACUUGAAUAUUGGAAUAACAAAUGGUGCACAUGUGGAAGUCUAUAACGACCAGAAAAUUUUUUCACGAGUUAGUUGUUCAUUAUGUACUACACGGUUAUCCCUCAUUUAACAAUGGGACUGUGUUUCUGAGAAACCUAACACGAAGCAAAAUUAUCGCCAAACUAGGGAUGACAGCAAAGCACGGAGUGCAAACGACAGGUUCAAAUGGCAGGGUGGUAAACACCGAGUAUAGUACAAUACUGUAUUCCCUAAUAAUAAACAUAAACGAGUUUGUUAUAAAUUGUUUCGAAGCUAAACUCUAAAUUUAUUAACACCAAACUUCUAUAUAAACAAUGUGGUUCACUGUUAAGCGAUUUAGUGUGCAAAGGGGGAGCCUAAUUUGAACCAAUUUCAAAUUGCAUAUGUCAAAAAUGAAAAAAAAAAUUGCUUUGAUAAACAAAGUUUAUACAUAGCAUAUAUGUGACACAGUUCAGCUGAAAAAUCACCCAGCUGACUGAGAGACCUGUGGCUGGGUUGUGUGUAUACUGUAACAACACGUUGGGGAGCAAGGCUGGUCUUGCAACAUACUGCCUCCACAAAUAUGUUCACUUUACUCAUACACACUCGUGGUCUUCAUUUUCUUAUUUUAUAGUUUUAUAUUAUACUAAUUUAUUUCUAAGCCACAUUGGAGUAUUGUAAGGAUUUUCCGCAACAUUUAUAGUUUCGUUACAAGUAACAAAAGCAACUUGCCAUUUCACAGGCCAACCUUAACCCCAGUUUUUCUCUCUUCACAGGGGGUCCAGGUGUCCCUAAACCAAAUUUUGACCUGACAUUGAGGUAGUGUCAAAAACAUUUUUUUACUAAACUGAAUUAAUGCUAAAUGAAGGAUACCUGUAUAUUAAAACCAGCAUAUUUUAUUUAUGCUGUUUUUGAAGUUAUGAAUUUUUAAAAUGGGUCAGAUAAUUUUGGGAGACUUUGUACAUGUACAGUAUAACAAUAUUGGAUCCCAGUAGUAGGACACCUCAGGUGUUAGACUUGAAAAACUAAAUACUGUGCAGUAUACUGUACUGUAUGUAUAAAUAAAUAUUUUCUUGAGUUUAAAACAAAAAGUUUGUGAACCUUGGAGGUCUUAACAAUAAGGUUAUUCUUUUGUGUUGGUUCCUCCAUAAUUAUUAGAGUUAAUGUACAUGUUGAAUGCUGUGCAGAGUUGCCUCACAGGAAAAUAUAUAUAUAUAUAUAUAUAUAUAUAUAUAUAUAUAUAUAUAUAUAUAUAUAUAUAUAUAUAUAUAUAUAUAUAUAUAUAUAUAUAUAUAUAUAUAUAUAUAUAUAUAUAUAUAUAUAUUCUCUCUCUCUCAUAUUUAGUUAUGGGAGGCACAGAACCCGUAUCUCCAAGUGCCCAACCUAUGACCUAUUUGCCAAUCACGUACGUCGUGAUAUUACUACUGCAAUGUUUUUGUUUGAGGACUCUGGUUACUGCAGGGGUGUAGGAACAGAUUACCACAACUACUAAAAUAUGUCAAGUUUAAACUUACUUGCAAAGAAGCAGGUAUUGUUCAUGUUUCUGCCUCUACUCAGCUGCCAUAGUGUCUUUGGUUGUAUAUUGUAUUGUGAGACAUCGCCAUGGUUAUGAAAUAUGUUGCUUUCUUAUGACCGAGGGUCAGACUGAUGAGUCCUGAGUAAGAAGGGGCAGAAAAAGUGUUUGCCUGAAUGUCCAGAAGAAUGAUGAAAUGAUAUUUGUCUUGGGCCAGAUACCAAUGGGGCAAGUCCAGGUUUUAUAACAAUAAGAAAGUUUGUAUAAGAUACUGAAGGGGAGUGAAGCUGUAGCUCACAUGAUUUUGUUGUCUUAUACAAGUUGUAUAUAUUUUCUUGCCUUGAAGAGCUUUUAUUAUCUGUUGUGUUUUUAGGUAUGGUACUACACAUCAAUUUCUCCUGUUUAUGAUGCCCACAUUUUCAGUGAAUGUGGGUAACCAUUUCAAAGGUGAUUGUCUUUAUACCAUUUGUUUUUUCUAUAAGAUAUGGACAAAAAUAAGACUUGAGACAGUGUAUUCUAUCAUUACCUCAGUUUCUGAAGGAUAUGUGAUGUCAGACCUGAGCCAAAAGGCUGAAUUCCUUAACAAUAUUUAUGUGUUGAUGUUCAUCACCAAAACUGUUAGUGUCAGGUUAUUUAAGUCUUCAGGAAAGAUUAUGCAAACACCUUUGUGCUUUGUGUGUGUGGAAAAUAUAUGAAUGAAGCAGCUUCAGGAAGUGCCUUGAUGGCCCAGUAUUGGGCCAUCAAGGCACUUCCUGAAGCUGCUUCACUGAUUCAACCAUGGGUGAUUUGAACUCACACUGGUUGGUUGGUUGGUUGGUGUAAGGGACUUUUGUGCACGACAGUAGAUAAGCUCAGUAGGUAAUGUACAGUAUAUUGAAGUGUAUACCUUCAUGAACAAUAUUUUGUUUGGUAUUAUUAAAGUACAGUAAAGUAUGUAGAGUUGUUUAAGUAAUGCUUUACAUCAGGAGAUAUUGUUUAGUUAACUGGAAAGAAGUAAAGAAAAAAAGGUAGUUUUGACAUGAUUGGUCAUGUUUUUGUGACUUUUUUCAAGAAUCAUUGUUUGUAAAGGUCAUUGGAAAGAUGUUAAUAAAGUGUAGAAAGUUAUUUAGAGUUAGUUAAGUUGACAGGUUAAUGGAGUUAUAGAAUAUAACUCAUCCUUUCUUAGCUUGAUAUGAUGAAACAGUGAUGACAAUAAUGUAGAUAUAUCAUCAUAUCUGUAUUUGUCUAGUCAUUACUACUGUUUUCACUUUCUGAAUAGCUUAAAUGCUUUUGGUUAUAUUGUAAAUACAGUACAGUUCAGUAUAUUGGUGUGUUAUAGUGCCCACCUACAGCAGUUGUCCAAGUAUAUAAUAAAAAUGUUGCGCAGUCAAAUAUUGGAUAUUUAUUAUAUUUUGUUAAUUUCUCUCUAGGCCAACAAAAAACUAAGUACUGUAUUAAUAUAAAGGAUAUAUUUAAAGAUCACUGCUUUCAUUUUUAUGUUGAAUAGUGAUACUGUAGUAGUAAAUUGGUCCAGUAGGAUUGGUCUCCAUUAUACCUGUACUUGUAUGUUUUCAUGUCGUGUGUUGUAUUUAAUGGUAAUUUAUAUCUUACAACUGGAUGACUGUUUAUUAUAUUGUACAGUUUAGGAACGCUUCACCAUGUUCAUCCAUUAAGACAUUCAUCCACCCCCUCCCUCUCCUAACUCCUUACACACACCAACUGGUCUGGCCUGGCAUCGUUUUAAGGGGAUGGGGGUAAUCCUCUUAGUACUUAAUGCUACAGAAACAGUUCAAUAACAGACAUAGUGAACCUUCAAGUCCUGUCAUCUUAAGGCUUUACACUUCACUUCACUUUUUUUGCUUUCACAGUAUUGUCUUUCUAGUGAAAGGUAAAAUGAUUGGCACUCUGAACACCCAUAUUAAAUAAUAAUUCAUCUCACAUUUAA